AUAUUCCCACCUCCGUUCUUAAUUCCAAAAGUACUAACACACCUGAAUCAAUCAACAGGAAUAUUUUUAAUAAUAGUACCUCGAUGGGAGAAGGUAUUUUGGCGUGCAGAUCUCAAAGUCCGCGCACUAGCUCCACCACUAACUCUGAAAGAUUUACAAACGCACCUGAUCGACACAUCGACGGGGCUUCCACCACCACAAGUAGACAAAAUCAUCCUCGAAGUUUGGAAAUGUGGGGGUGGUCCGAAGCGAUAGAAACAUGGACCCCUGAACAACGGUUAUUGCUCAAAAAUUCUUGGCGUAAAUCCACAUUGAAAACAUACGAGGUAGCUUGGAAACGUUGGACUUCCUGGUCUAUGUCUAAAAACAUUGACACGAACAAUCCGUCAGGCUGGGUUAAAACCCUUUUCAAAGAAGCUGGCAUCAUAGCUACUCCAGGAAGUACACGAUCUGCAGUAGCAUCUAAAAGUUGGCUAGAAAAUCAUCCCCUGGACGAAAUCCUAUCUCGAGGAAAUUGGCAAUCAGCUAAUACAUUUCAGAAUUUCUACAGAAGAGAAGUGAUAAGAAGUGGUGAUUCGAAUCUAAAUGUUACGGAAUUGUUUAAUCCUAUUAAUUAACUAGGCACUUUUUAUGUUUUUGUUUUGUUA